CACAAUCUGAGCCGAAAUCAACAUCCAGAAUAAAUAAUGUGACAGUGACUCACAGGACCGUGGUCGAGGGUGACGUGUUGAUUGUGUCUUGUUUUCUUACCACGUUCCCUUCCUCACAUCAGCUCCAACAUGCCGCUCGAAUGGCUCUUUGGUCGCAAGAUGACCCCCGAGGAGAUGCUGCGGAAGAACCAGCGUGCUCUCAAUAAGGCCAUGCGUGACCUGGACCGGGAGCGCAGUAAGAUGGAGCAGCAGGAGAAGAAGAUCAUUGCCGACAUCAAGAAAAUGGCCAAGAUGGGACAGAUGGAUGCUGUGAAGGUGAUGGCCAAGGACCUGGUGCGGACACGGCGGUACACCAAGAAGUUCAUUAUGAUGCGGGCUCAGAUCCAGGCGGUGUCCCUCAAGAUCACCACUCUCAAGAGCCAGAAUGCCAUGGCCCAGGCAAUGAAGGGUGUCACACGUGCCAUGAUGAACAUGAACAAGCAGCUGAAACUUCCCCAGAUCCAGCAGAUCAUGCAGGAGUUUGAAAAGCAGUCCGAGAUAAUGGACAUGAAGGAGGAAAUGAUGAACGAUGUGAUAGAUGAUGCCAUGGGUGAUGAGGAUGAUGAGGAAGAGAGUGAUGCCAUAGUCUCUCAGGUGCUGGAUGAGCUUGGCCUCCAGAUGACAGAAGGCCUGAGUGACCUGCCAUCAGCUGCUGGCACGCUGGGCACAACCACAAAUGCUGCCAAGACCCCUGUAGCAGUAGCUGAUGCUGCAGAUGAUGACAUUCAAGCCCGUCUAGACAACCUGAGGAGAGAGUGAGGGGCCUAUAAAACUCAGAGCCUCUCUUCCAGGAUACAUUGAGUGUUCUGUUGUUUGCAUUGUGAUUGCCAUCCUGCCCAGCUGUCCAGAAACUAUAUGGGUAGCCAAACAUCACUCUUCUAGUUUCUUAUGACUGCAUAAUGACUCAUGUUUCUUUCUUCCGAUGUUGCUCUCUCAAGUUGUACUUUUCUUUGUGAAAAUAUUCCACAGGAUUUGUUUGCACCAUUAUUGUUACUUCUGCAGUUGUAAUUCUGAUGAAAAAAAAAUGAAAAAAAAACACAAGAAUGAAACUGAUAGAAAGCACACAUAAGACAAAUAUGUCUUACUUCACUUCAUAAUAAUAGUAAAAUAUUUGUAAUGACUGACUUUCCUAUAGUACUGAAUGAUACACAAAAUACUGUAACAUAGUAGGAAAACAAGUAUUUCUUUCAGUAUAUGGUUUCUUAAAGUUUUGAAUUUUGGAGUGCAUUUUUUAUGAAAUUUAAGAUGGCUACACUUGAGAUGUGUGCAUAUGAAAAAUUUAUCCAGUACAGAUUUUGAGGUGGAAAUUGUUUUCACUAAAAUUCAAGCAUAAACUUAGAGAUGGAGGAGAAAAGUACAUUAGAAUAUUUAAUAUGUAUCCUUUUGUUUUCACCAGAAGAAUCUGUUAGACAGGGUUUUGUUGCUCAUUGCGGUCUACAUGUAUGUAGUCGUGAGGUGCUGUGGACUCUUGGCCAUUCCAGAGCUGCAGCAAACCCAUGAUUCAUGAUGGCAUAAUGCUUCAGUGAACAGAUGCUGACUUGCAGAUUCACCUUUCACUUGAAGUCCAAAAAUAUUAUGUAGUGGAAGAAUGUUCAAGAAAUCUAGUAUAAAGAUUUCCAUUGUAGAUCAAAACUAAACUGGCUGGGCACCUGUUGAGGGAUGUUAUUUUUUUUUGUACGAGUGGGAAGUCUGUGAGGCUCUGUUGGUCCACUGUGAUGCAUUUUAGGUCUGCAUGCAUAGUAAACAAGUGUUCUUGAUCCCAGGAUUACUGCAGGUUUUUUGGUAAGUUGGUAAAAUACGAUAUCUAUAAUAUCACGUGUGUGCAGUUUUAUAAUUUACUAAAAUACACACACUUCAAAUAGGCUCAGACUGGAAAAUCCAGAGAGGGGUGGGAAGUGCCCCAUAACCUCCAGAUUCCCAUGUCUUGGUCAGUCGAUGUGCAAUCACUAAGGCAACCUCAAAGGUGUGAAAGCUGUAUAAUACUUUUGUAUUCCAAAAAAAGAAGUAAAAAGUUAAUUUAGGAAGGUAGUGAGUGCUACAAGCGAGCAGUUCAGAUAUUGCAGUCUGCUGAUUCCAAGAAUACUAUACAGUAUAUACAUACAAGUACAUAUAAUACAUAGCUGUUAAAUUAAAAGAAAGUAAUAUUAUCAAGCUGACUUGAUUAAUGUGUGAUUAAUUUAAAUUCUUUAGUUACUUUGUGCUGAUUUUUAUAUAUGUGAUAGUGUGUGUGUGUGUGUGUGUGAGAGAGAGAGAGAGAGAGAGAGAGUGUGUGUGUGUGUGUGUAACAUUAAAAUUUGGUGGGGAGAAAUGAAAGGUCACAUCAUUCAUGUUUGUUUUACUUUCACUUUAUAGUUAUUCUUUUUAUGGAAACCUAAAAUUGUAUAAAGGGAAAGAGCCAGGAUUCUUUCAGACCAGUGACUAGAUGUACAGAGGCUAGAGGCUAGCGUCACCUCCAGCACUUUUGAGUAUUUGUUUUAUGGAGGAUUACAUAAGGAUGAUAGUUUUGGGUGUAGCCAUGAUUGUGCCUUUAUUUAAGAAACUUGCCUGCUGGUGCUUUAAGGCAUAGAAGAUUGUAUUUCAUGACUCAAACAGUUUCAUGUAAUCUUGUGUAUUUCUCCAUUAUGAAAAUUAUCUCAACGUACUGUGAACAUUUAAUAUGAUUCCUGGUUUGAUAUUUACGGAAGCAGUGUUAACAUAUGUCAGUAGUGCAAAUAAUUUUUUUCUUAAUUUCUUUUUACAUUGAGAUGAUUUUUAAUGAACUCUACAAUAGCAUCAUAAGAUAUCCGAGGCAUUUGUGUGUUCAUGUGUUGUAGAUAGAAUUGGGUGGCCGCACGUUUAGUAGCCUUGCUCUUCCUCAUAGACUAUAGAAGCAAAGGCAUCCAGCAGCCCAAAUGGUGGAUGCCCUCUGCUGUGAGGUAUGUUGUGCUGGUGUGCAGUAGUGAAGCACCAGAAUGUCAUGUCAGAGGUACUUACAUGGUAUGCUACAGACUUCUUGUAGAGUCAGUACAAUAACAUGAUUUCUGUACAUUUUGUUAGUGAUGAAAAUUAAUAUAUCAUUUGAAGUUUACGAAUAAAAGUUACUUAAA